AUGGAAGAAACUGUGUUCACGCCUGCAAUAGAAGGAAUGAAGCAUUUGAAGUCUGAUCAUGGAGAUAUCUUGACCAAACCAUUCUUGGAUGUUUGUAGAGUGUUGCUGCCUAUUCUAGAUAAAUUUGGAGCUGCAAUGGCUGUAGUGAAAUCUGAUAUAAGUGGAAAUAUCUCGAGAUUGGAUUCUAAGUAUAAUGAAAAUCCAACUAGAUUCAACUACUUAUAUGCUCUUGUACAAGCUGAGGUUGAAACAAAAACUGCAAAGAAUUCAUCAAGUUGCACCAAUGGUCUUCUUUGGCUAACAAGAGCAAUGGAUUUCUUGGUGGAGUUGUUCCGUAACUUAUACCAACAUCAAGAUUGGUCAAUGCAACAAGCCUGCAAUGACUCUUACGGCAAGACUUUGAAGAAAUGGCAUGGCUGGAUAGCAAGCUCAAGCUUUACAGUUGCCAUAAAGUUAGUUCCUGAUAGGAAAAAGUUCAUGGAGAUCAUAGCUGGCAAGGGAGAUACAUAUGCCGACAUGGACAAGUUUUGUGCAUCAUUUUCACCGGUUUUGAUUCAAAUUCACAAAUUCCUGCAUUCAUGUGGCUUGGAUUCUAUGAAGGCUGCAUGAUGGGAGAAAAAAUCUAUCAAAACUUUGAGUUUCAUCUUAAUUAUUGGUC